ACUGGUUACCGCGUUUUUUUAAUCGACCGAUUAACUUUCUUUGCAUUACUUAUUGUAGAAGAUAGACAAUCGAUUCUGGCAACUUUUUUUAGUCGGUCGAUUUAAGCGGCGACUGGUUUAGUUGGUAGCUGAGAAUGCCAUCCAAGGCUCCAGCUGAUUAUUUACCUAAAAGUUUGUUAAUAUUUCUUUAUAUUUUCCAAACUUUUUCCUCACAUUGCUUCCACCAACUACUGCCAUUUAUUUAAAGUUCAUUUUAUAAAAAACCUCCAAGGUCUUUUGGUUAAGUUGGGUAAAAUGAGGCAAUAAUCUAUUUUUAGCCACUACUGUGGCAGAAAGUAAAACAUUGAAUAAAUGUUGUUCUGUGCGCAUAGCUACGACUGCCAUUUAUUUAAUGUUCAUUUUAUAAAAAACUCAGGUCUUUUGGUUAAGUUGGGUUAAAAACGAGACUAAAUUUAAAUGGAGUAAUACACAAUGUACUCUUCGGGGCUUCCCCUUACCCCAUCCAAGCCCCGACCACCUUCUCGAGGAACCCCAACAAGAGGGACUCCCCCCCACGAACCCCGUCAAACCAAUCGGCCCCAAAAGUUGCCCCCAAUAAGAAAGAAAUCUUCAGGGAAAUCCCAAGUUGACCAUAGAGAUAAUAAACAUAAUGAGUCGUCAAAAUCAGGCAACGCAAAUCCAGAAGGAGCUGUUCCCACCAUUGAAACGACCGAUGACGAAACUUCUUCUUCUAAACUAGGGGAAGAUCUGUUUUUAAGUGAAGACCCACCCAGACCGAGAAAUCCAUUCAACGAUUUGGUCCACCCCAUCACCCCCCCUUCCAUGUGUGGGGACGCAUCACUGGGUGGCGCUGAAGGGCUAAAACGACCUCGAAUAAACCCCAAUAAUUUACAUGGAAUACAGGCAUCGAAAUCGCAGGAAUUCACCCCCCAGGACCCCUCGUCACCAAGCACUCGUAUAACAUGUAGAAGCGCUGGGGAUAUGAGGAAAACAUUGAGGGAAAGUGAAGACAGAAAACCCUUUGUUGUGUUCGGGAUCAAACAAUUCAGACAUGAAUUGGACAAAUGGAAGAAAACAAAGAAAGUUUACAAACUACAAGAAUUCUAUCGAGCUGUAUUUGAUUCGUUUGAAUCCAUCAAUGAAACAUUCAAGAAAAACAGCGUUCCAAGCUGCAGGUCACGCAAUGGGCGAAGUUCGAGGUGGGUGAAGCGUGACCGGAUACCGGACCCGUGUUUGCAACACAAGUUUGUGGGGUUGGUGUAUGAGGUGCUGACGCUAAUGCCACGCGAAGUACAGAAAUUGGUCUUGAAAGGAAUUGUCAAUUGUCUUCUCAAUGAAUGGAAAAGCGCAAAGCAAGAAAGUGACCUUCGUGCUUACUUUAUUUUGCUGCAAAACCCCUUGUUUACCCAAACCAACACGUAUGGUGUGUUUGCUCAUCUAUUGAGACAAGUGGCUACAUUCAAUGAACAUGACCAAACCCUGGUCACUCAUUGGUUAAGAAGAUUGUCGACGCCCAGGUUUCGACCAAUCAUAGAGAGGAUACAUCAGUUCAUACAACUCCGUUUAUUUCCCGGCCAAUCAGAAUUACCUCCCAUGUCUAACUGUGGUUGGUGGAUUCCUUCUGCGGUCAAAGUGCUUUCAAUGCUAAACAAAGCGAACGAGAUGAUAAAACCUCGCUUGGUUUCGUUCCGUGAGUUUUACAAUCACAGCAUCGACCACAUUGAUGUCACUGCAGAGUAUCGACAGUGGGAAAACCCCGCCUCACAUUCAGGAUUCACAUUCUGUCAGUUCCCCUUUAUCCUUAGUUUACUGGCCAAGUUAAAGAUCUUACGUCGCGACCAGGAACGUGAGAUGAUUCGAACAGCACGCGAUGAACUUGUCGAGUUCGUUAGGAGACGACCAACACGAGUCCCCUGUGUGAGCCAACUCUACUUAAACAUAUCGGUUAGGCGUCAAAACCUUCUGCAGGAUUCGCUCGACCAAAUAUAUGGAAAUCGCAAACAGUUGAAAAAGAAGUUACGAGUUUCCUUCAUUGGCGAACCAGGAUAUGACAUGGGAGGUUUAACUAAGGAGUGGUUUCUACUAUUGUUGAGAAAGGUUCUAGCACCAGACUAUAACACAUUCGUAUACAACAACAAAUCUCAUUGUUACUGGUUUGCGGACAAUGGUUGUGAAAACUCGUCGGAUUUGUUCCUCGUUGGCGUUCUCAUGGGGUUAGCAGUUUAUAACUGCAUAACAUUAGACAUAAGGUUGCCGCUUGUGUGUUACAAAAAGUUGCUUUCAUCUGUCCCUAAAUCUGGUGUGCAACAACCUGACUCCAUUUCUGGUCCCAAUAUUUCUGAAACUGGUUCACCUGUUUCUGGCCAAACUAUUCAACAAACUGGUUCAGCUGUUUCUCAAACUGGUCAAACUAUUUCCCAAACUGAUUCAACUAGUCAACAAUCUGGUCCAGCUAGUCAACAAUCUGGUCCAAACAGUCAGCAAUCUGGUCCAACUAGUCAACAAGCAGAGAAUGAAAAAGAGACAAUCAACCAGAAUCUUUGUGGUGUGAUUCCAGUAACACUUGAAGAUUACAGAAGUAUUGACCCUGACAUGGUGAGAGGAUUAGAGGAAUUGUUGAAUUAUGAUGGGGAUGUGGAAGAUGACUUUGGACUGACUUUCCAGACCACCCGAAGUGAACUAGGCAACAUACGGAGCAUUCCAUUGAAACGGGGUGGGGAAGAAAUAUCGGUCACUGAGUUUAAUCGUGACGAAUACGUGCAAGCCUACUUGGAGUAUAAGAUGAAUAGAUCAGUGUAUAGGCAAUUCCUUGCAUUCUACCACGGUUUCUACACCGUUUGUUCAUCUAAUGCAUUAACUUUCCUUUGCCCUGAGGAACUUGAAGUGUUAAUAUGCGGGAAUGCUGUGUUUGAUUUGAAAGAUCUGAAGAAACAUACAGCUUACCAGGGUUACCGUAGCAAUGACCCAACCAUAAUUUACUUCUGGGAAGUUUUACUAUCGUUGCCACGGGAACUACAGAAAAAGUUUCUCCACUUCUGCACGGGGAGUGACCGGGUACCAGUAGGUGGCAUGCAAGAGCUCAACUUUAAAAUUGUUCGGACACCAACUGCACAAAAUAUGCUCCCAAUGGCACACACAUGUUUCAAUCAACUACUUCUCCCACCUUACGGCAACAAACAACAUUUAGAAGGAAAAUUAAUCAUAGCUGUGAGUAAUGCAGAGGGGUUUGGCCUUGAAUGAGUGGUGUGAUGUCAUAGGAGGAACCUAUGAUGUCACAAGGAGCAGCUAUGAUGUCAUAAGGGGCAGCUGUGAUGUCACAGGGGAGUGUUUAGUUGCCUUGUAUGUGUUUAUCUUGCAUGUGUAGUUUGUAAAUUCCACCCCAUGUUUCACACAUUAUGUGGUAAAGUACUAAUUGUUAAAUAUGUUGUAAUACUUCAGUAUUGGUAUCUGCUUAUACAUCAGAACAACUAAUUUACAAUCCAUAUACUAUACGCCUCAAAAUUGUUGGUUUCAAACUUACGUAAUUGCCUAUUGUACAAUUAAUGUUAAUUUCUGGUACUAUACUACAGUCGUACUCUGGUACUAUUCAUAUCUUUGGUGCUUUACCUUUGAACUGUGAUUAUUUUUGCACCUUUUCUAUCCUCGACGCGUUUCUCCCUGAAACUAAAGUGUCCGCACGCAGCACUGUAUCAGUAUUUAGACUGUGUUUGCUGUGUUUGCUUUCAAACCAAUUAAAACUCAUAUUUGUUAAACUAUGUUGUUAAUAUUCAAGUAAAAUUUUAAAAUUGUAACUUCAUUGUCAUUCCGAAACUGUACUAUGAUGUCAUAAUUUGAGAUUAUUACUAAACAAACAAAGUUACAUUCUUUCGUUAAAAAUGUUUCAAAAUUUGUUUUCAUGCUCUUUGUAAAUUUUGACGUAGUUUUUGUGAUUUCAAUAAAAUGGUUACCUUGAUUUAGA